AUGAAGAAGCAGAUGCUAGAGCAAACCAUCACUCUGCUUUGUGACUGGUGUGCUGUGCGAUAUCACAUCCAGCACAACAGUUUUCCACAUUCAUUUUUCAGUGGAGAUAAUGAUAGUCGAGCCAUGUGUUCAGUUACAAGUCAUCCAUUGCGAAGGGAAAGAGAUCAGUGGAAAAAGAAGAUGCAACAAAUAGAACGUCAGUUGAAAUGCUUGGCAUUCCAGAAUCCAGGGCCUUUACUGGCAGACUUCAAUCCAGAAACUCGAGAACAGCAGAAGAAAGCCUGCAUGUCAAUGAUAAACCAGGAUUGUUUUAAAACUACAAAGAAAACCAUGAAGAAAUACGACAAAAAAGGCUGCCUCCUAUCCAGUAAAAUAGAUUUGUGUGACUGCCUGGAGAAGAACUGUCUGGGCUGCUUCUACCCUUGCCCCAAAUGCAAUUCCACCAAGUGUGGAACAGAGUGUCGCUGCAACAGAAAAUGGGUUUACGAUCAGGUUCAGAUGGAAGAUGGACAAAUUAUCAAAUUUCCAUUUUUCAAAAACUGAUUUGUAUUUCUCUUCUUGAUCCCCCUUGUAAAGCAGUGGCUGAACAUUUUAUU